AUGGCUCCUCCAUCCGCUAUUCCGCGCUUCCUCCUUCCACGAGGAGGCCUCUCCAAAUCAUCCCUCCAGAACCUCCACAUCAACACAGCCGCAGCUCCGCGACGAAAUGGCAUCCAACCCUCGAUGUUCCACCGCCUCAACUUCUCCUCGUCCGCCUCUUGUGGCGCCGGCCCGCCAAAAGCUCGCGUGCUUGAGAAGCCAGACAAGUUCCGGCCUCCAUCCCACGCCGCCCGUCGAGUGGUGAACCCCAACAAGCAGCCGAGGAACUACCCUGGUCCGGCUCCCACGCCGAAGGAAAUCGCAGAUCGCCAGACGAAGAGAUAUCCCAACAUGUUUCCGCCAGAGGGGACAGUCCUGUUCAAAUUCCUGACUAACAAGGGCAUUCACGUCUGGAUAUCCAUGAGCGUCCUCUUUUCUCUUGCCUUUUUUACGUGGUCGACGAACUUCAAGAAAACAUCACCCUACGCGCAUCUAUUGCCAGGCUGGUCCCAGCUGUUCUCGAGCCCGAUAAACACGGUAUCGCAAUUCUUUACCGUAAUGAAAAUGCAUGCUGAACACACCACGGUUGUAGCAAAGGAGAAGCGAAAGCGGAUUGUCGAUGACAUUGAUAAGCGCAAAGAAUAUAGGAUUGCGCAUGGGCUGGAGGAGGAUGAUCGGCAGAAGCCUGAUAACGCUGAGGCCGCUGAAGGUGCUGUGAGUGUGGAGGGUGUCGAGGGGGUAGAAGGCACCGAUGCUGUGGCUCGCGUGAAUGAAGAGGGGACGAUGUCGAUGAAGAAACCCAAGAGAUGGCUGGGCAUAUGGUGA